CGCUAAUAAUGCACCAGUAAAUCGAUAAGCACAAUACAAUUAACAUCAAUUACUUACAUUAUUAAAAUUAAAAAAUAGAUUUGAUUCGCCCGCCCGACAAGGAACAGAUUUUAAAAAGUUUUCCAUAGCGAAACAGACUAUAAAAACUGUAGUGAGUGGAUCUUUAUUUUAGUGAAUAAGUUUUCCAUCUGGACUCAAUUAUUUGGAAAUGUUAAGCGGGAAGAUACUUUUGUGCGCUGUUUUAGUAGCUGCUUUGCGCCAGUCGCAGUCAGCCAGCCUGCCCCCGCUGAUCCCGUUCCAGGUCGGCGACGACAAUGAGAUCCGCGCUCCGGAGAUCAGGAUCCCCGUGGAGCUGAUGAGGGCGCGGGUGCGCGAGGGGGUGCCGCUCCCCCUCUGCGCGGGUAGAUGCCUCUCGCCCCCGACCGGACCUGUCUGCGCGUUUGAUGCCGCGGGCACUGCCAGGACAUUCGCAACUCUCUGCGAUCUGGAGGCUACAUCGUGUCGCGAAAGCACGUAUUACGCAAUCACAAGUCUGGGUGAAUGCUGACUGCCAAGAAAUGAUUCUAAAUUUUCAAAACUUUAUUAACAAAUAGGUUUUCUCCUGAAUAAAUCCUAUAGAAGCAAUUUUGUACAAAACCGCCUAAUUGCCCAAGGCAACACAACCACGUGACUUCAGACUUACUUUAUUGUAUUAAUGAAAUUAUGUUUUUAAAAAUUAUUGAGAAAUCUUACCCUAUGUAAGUACUUUAGCUAAAGCAAUUAUAUAAAAUAAUAAAAUUAUGAAAAUACUAUUUAAGUACCUAUAAACUAUAAAUCACAAUGGUGUGAAUACAAGUUUUUAUUUAGAUUUCAAUGAUUUGGUAAAAAAGUUCCUAAAUUCCAAACUUCUUUUCAACAUGAUUUGAACAGUGUGAGAUUUUUAUUUUAGUUUUUUUUUUUAUAUAAACAUAAGCGGGACUUAUAUGAAAUUUUUGAAAAAUCCUUUACUUUCAUCAUUAUAGCGAACAAGAAUUGCCGAAAAUUGAACAAAGGUCGUUGCGGUAAGGCAGCGCGAAGAUUCUAUUGAAAUUCAAGUCCUGUAAAUAAUAUAAACAAAUUAUUGUAAUUUUUGACAUAAAAGUGAAACAAUAUAAGGUUGUUCCCACAAAUGAAGAUUCAAAAUGCCAUAAACUCGUCGUACCAACAGGUUUCGGGCAGGAGAACCUCCGGUGUUACGGUGAAAAGAGGAAGAGUUAAUAGUAUGUUAAGAUAAAAAAAAUGGUACCACUUUUAACGCUAAUGUAACGCCAAAAACCCUUUAUUUAAGUUUAAUCUUAAGAUUUAAUUUUAUUUAUUGUACAAAGUACGAAUAUCUUAUAAAGCUAAUGGUAUUGCUUCUUGUUGUCAAUAUAAAGGACAAUAUAGCUUAAUAAACGUCUUUAAAAUA